AUGCAAUCAGCAUCAACCCUCAUCUGUCUGUGCCUCCUCCUCGCCGUCGCAUCGUAUCCUGUCUUUGCCGCCGCAGCGGUUGUGGAGAAUGCGAGAGCAGAGGAGGAAGACGAGGCCAUAUCGAGGUUGGCGUCAGAACUGUCUGAUAUGAGUGACGAUGUGGUGCCAGACGUGUUUGAGAUGGAGAGCCUUAGCGUACCCAACGAAGCUGAGGAGGACGAAGAUGUUCUCGUACCAGCUAGGCCACGACGUCGACGGAGAAGGAGCACACGAAGAAGACGCUAUCGACGAGGAUAUAUUAUCAAACCAUUACGUUAUUGA